UGAGGAAACCGAGGCUCAGAGAGGGGAAGUGACUGGUCCAAGGGCACACAGCUGCUCUUCAUCCUGGCACUCCCUGCUCCAAAAUCUUCCAUGGCUCCUUCGUCUCAUAGAACAAAGCCUAGACUCCUAAGCUUGGUGUUCAGGGUCCUUCCACCAGCUUCAUCCUCCUCUACAUCAGUUCACCACCCACAUCACCACUCCUUGAUCUCACCAAACCUUGCCAGCCUCAGGCCCUUCAACUGGGGCAAGCCUUCCCUCUAGAAGGGCUUCUGCAACAGAGGCCGGAGUCGGACAGACCCAAGUUCAAAUCUCUGACUUUUUCACUUACUAGCCUGGGACCUCGGGCAGGUCAUUUUACCUCCCUGAGCCUCAAUUUUCCUCAUCUGUAAAAUGGGAAGAAAGAUACCUGUCUGGCAGGACAUUGCACAGAUUCCAUUAGGUAAUUAAUAACGUGAAGCCCCGGGAACAUGGGAUCCUCCAGAACGUGGCAGUGAUCAAGGCUGUGACUCACCUCAUCUUUGCCUUCCACAAUCACUCCCUCCGGAGAAGAGCUGGAAGGAAGCUACAAUGGGUGUCUGGCAAGUGGGGACAAAGGCCGCCGGAGAAGUCGCCUGGCGCUGAGCCGCCGACCCCAUGCCAACGGAGUGAAGCCAGAUGUCAUGCACCACAUCUCCACACCACUCGUUUCCAAGGCACUGAGUAACCGUGGCCAGCACAGCAUCUCGUACACACUGUCCCGGAGCCACUCGGUCAUAGUUGAGUACACACAUGACAGCGACACGGAUAUGUUCCAGAUCGGCCGUUCCACGGAGAACAUGAUUGAUUUUGUGGUAACAGAUACAUCCCCUGGAGGAGGGGCUGCUGAGGGCCCCUCAGCCCAGAGUACCAUCUCUCGCUAUGCCUGCCGCAUCCUCUGUGACCGCCGGCCACCCUAUACUGCCCGCAUCUAUGCUGCUGGCUUUGAUGCUUCCAGCAACAUCUUCCUUGGAGAGCGGGCGGCCAAGUGGCGGACCCCUGAUGGCCUGAUGGACGGCUUAACCACCAAUGGGGUCCUGGUGAUGCACCCAGCAGGCGGCUUCUCUGAGGACUCAGCCCCGGGUGUCUGGAGGGAGAUAUCAGUCUGUGGGAACGUGUACACUCUGAGGGACAGCCGCUCUGCACAACAACGAGGGAAGCUGGUGGAAAAUGAGUCCAAUGUGCUACAGGACGGCUCCCUCAUUGACCUGUGUGGGGCCACACUGCUGUGGCGCACGCCAGCAGGGCUGCUGAGGGCACCGACGCUGAAGCAGCUGGAGGCCCAGCGGCAGGAGGCGAACGCGGCACGGCCCCAGUGCCCUGUGGGCCUCAGCACUCUGGCCUUCCCCAGUCCGGCCCGUGGCCGCACAGCACCUGACAAGCAGCAGCCUUGGGUCUACGUCCGGUGUGGCCAUGUCCAUGGCUACCAUGGCUGGGGCUGCAGGAGAGAGCGGGGCCCCCAGGAGCGCGAGUGCCCUCUUUGUCGCCUUGUGGGGCCCUACGUCCCCCUGUGGCUUGGCCAGGAGGCCGGCCUCUGUCUGGACCCUGGGCCACCAAGCCAUGCCUUUGCACCCUGCGGCCAUGUCUGUUCUGAGAAGACUGCCCGCUACUGGGCCCAGACACCACUGCCCCAUGGCACCCACGCUUUCCAUGCUGCCUGCCCUUUUUGUGGGGCCUGGCUCACUGGUGAGCAUGGCUGUGUCCGCCUCAUUUUCCAGGGGCCGCUGGACUAGGCUCCCCCAGGCCCCGGCUGCCAUGCCCACCUGCCCACCCAGGUCCCCCACCUCCUGCAGCCUAGAGGGAGCUCUGCAUGUGGGACUUUACCUGCUGGCACAUAGCCACACCAGAUGGACGCAUUGGAUGGGCUGUGUUCCUUCCCUUUUGACACUUGUCCCUGAAAUCCCUACCGCAGUGAGAAUGAUGGGGCCCUUAGCACCAGCUCUGUCCUGGGCUGAUGGAGGGAAGCCCACCCCUAUGCCCUGGCCCUUCCUGGGGUGUCCCACAUCAUGCCGCCUACACUGUGUCCCUGGGGGAGUGAAGGGGCUAUGGGUCCCUGACCCCCAGCUCAGGCUGGCUGUACCCUGAGCCUGCCGACCUAGCUCCAGAUACUCACCCUGCUGCUGCCCUGGGUUCUCUAUAAACCUUGCUGCUCAGCUGCC